CUGACAGUGGGAGGGGAAGUGGACCUGAAUAUAGCUCUGCCUCUCCAGCCAGGCCAGGAACAGCCGUCAAGGACAGAGACAUUGAUGAGCAUUGUUCCUUGGCCACCUUUCCACCAUGAAGCUGCUUGCAAUGACUGUGCUGCUCGUUACCAUCUGCAGCCUCGACGGGGCUCUGGUUCGGAGGCAGGCAGAGGAGCCAGAUCUGCAGGGCCUGUUCUCUCAGUACUUCCAGACCGUGACCAGCUAUGGCAAGGACCUGCUCCAGAAGACCAAGCCCCAGGACCUUCAGGCUCAAGUCCAGUCUUACUUUGAAAAGACACAGGAGCAGCUGGUACCUUUGGUCAAGAAGGCUGGAACUGAACUGUUUAACAUGCUGAGCAAUAUGAUAGAGCUCAAAAAAACACAGCCUGCUACCGCGUGAGGUGUCUAGAUCAUUGUCCUCCAACCCCAGCUGGCCCCUAGAACACCCAUGGGCCAGGUCUAGAGCCCUUCUCUCUACCUACUCUCCAUUUUCUACAAUAAAUGCGGGAGUCAAACUGUGA